GGGAAGGUGUGUGACUUCAGACGGACCAAUCAGACGCAGUCUCUCGUCUAUAAAGUAGAGAGAGUCAAGGUUUUUGUCAUUCAGCGCCAGAAUCCAAACAUGGUGACACCUGCUCAGUUUGUGGUCUUACUGACAUGUUUGCUUUCAGGGAACACUGCACAGAGCCCUCUUCUGGGAUCAUCUUCAUCUGAUCACCAAGAAAGUGUUUUUCUAUCAGCUCACAUUGGAGAAACUGUGACUUUACCAUGUUUCUAUGACAGAGUUUAUUUCCGAUAUAUUUUAUGGUACAAACAUAUUCUGGGACAAAAACCAAAACUUGUAGCAUAUUUUACCAAAUAUAAUCCAGAUAUACCAAUUCCCCAUGAAUACCAGAACAAUCCACGCUUUACACUAAAAACAUCAGACCAAAGUAGUAAUUUGACAAUUUCAGAUCUGAACCUAUCAGACUCUGCUACUUACUUCUGUAUUUCAGAUCAUCUAACACACAUGAAUUUCUCAGCAGUUCUUACCGUCAAUGUAAAAGGUUCAGGUUUAACCAUCCAGACUUCAGUGGAUCAGUCUUCCUCUGAGAACAUCCAUGCAGGAGACUCUGUGACUCUGAACUGUACAGUACACACUGGGAGCUGUGAUGAAGAACACAGAGUUUACUGGUUCAAAGACUCUGAAGACUCUCAUCCAGGACUCAUUUACACUCAUGGAGGCAGGAAUGAUCAGUGUGAGAGAAAGAACAACACACAAACACACAGCUGUGUCUACAAGCUGCACAUGAAGAACCUGACAGAGUCUCAUGCUGGGAUCUACUACUGUGCUGUUGUCUCAUGUGGACACAUACUGUUUGGAAACGGGACCAAGCUGGACCUCACAGACUCUGCAGCUCCUCUGAACUCUGUGAUUCUGAACACUUUGGUUGGAUUAUUGACGGUCAUGAGCGUCCUCGUUGCUUUUCUGCUUUUUCUGCUGUCGAAAAUCAACAAGAGCAACAACUGCACCUCCACAGAGGAAAGAUCACCUGCUGCCCCCUUAAGAAGCACAGAGGCUGAGAACAAAGACGCAGAAAGCCUCCAUUAUGCUGCUGUUAAUGUUAAGAAGUCCAACAGAUCAAGAAGACAGAAUGAUAACUCCAACAACGACUGUCUGUAUGCGAGUGUGAGACAGCAGAACUGAAGCUUUAAAUCACUGAACAGAUUUCAAUUAUCUUUUUGCUCUAUAGAUUUUUAAAAAGUAAAAUCACCAUCACAAGGAAUUCCUACAUUCCAUCAGUUUAUCACUCUUUUUAUUAUGGUGUGUGUAUGUGUGCAUGUUGUUGGCAUUGUGCGGUUUUUAGACAAAAUAUUUGUUGGUCUUGUCCUUUUGUUGUUAAAUUUAAUUAUGUUUUUGUGUGAAGCACUUUGAGUGACUGAGUUGUAAAAGUUUUAUACAAAUAAAGGUUUGAUUGACAAUAUCUUGUCAUAUAAUGCUGAUAAUAUCAUGUUAGCAAAGAUUUUUUUUUCAAAUAGCUGUUUAUAAUGCUGUAAUUUUGAAUUUUGUGUUUCUGUGAAAUGAAGACUGUGUCUAUUUCAGUCAGACA